UGAUCUUGGCAUCACUAUACGAACAAGACGACGUAGAGGGGAACAAGUGUUUAUUUACCUUUUAGAAUGUCGAACUCUGGCGACGAUUUUCAGGUGGUUACGCGCAAAAAAUGGAUGGCCAGGAAGUGUCUGAGGCGGCGCGACCACCGUAAGUCUGAGAGCGAUUAUUUAAACGACUGCCCCGAUGUCAAUGUAGAGAAGUUUCAGCCACGGUUGGAGCGUCUUUGCGGAGAAAUGCGCCAAAGCGACUACUUCUUAGUAGCUAUGGAAACGCUACAGCAGCAGUUGGAUACGCUUAAAACCCCGCUGAAACGGAUAGUGUGCCUGGGUCUGGGCCCCUUCACCCGAACCCACCAAGCUCUCCACCAGGCAGCUUUUAUUCUUGGCCUGCAACAGCACCACAAUAUCGAGGAGGCUCUUUAUUUUGAUCCUGUAUUCCGGGACAGCGAGGCAGAGCUUAUCCACCUGUUCAACGGCCGGCUGAUGAGUGAGGACUGCGCAGGAAAGCAUGAGGCCACUGUGCCCACUCUAUACUAUCUGCCCCAUUGCCCCUACGCCCUAAUGCACAACAUUUUGUGGAGCAACUGGCAGCGAACAACGUUGCCCAACGUGCUCCUAAUCUCUAACAGCUUUGAAAUGCUUACGAUGGCGCGGAGAAAUCAACAGGAUCACAUAACCAAAGUAUUUGAAUUCUGUACGGAAACUGCCCUGGAUGAUGACUACGAGCACCGCAACGUAUUCAACGACCUAUCACUGCACACUUUUCCCCAGGAAGCUCUGCCACAAAAGGAUGAUUCGGACUUUUGGACACGGUAUCCAGCCCUAAAAGUAAAUGACGACGAGCUGGUGACGGAGGUGGAAACAAAUUUGGCAACUUUGAAUUUAUCAUCGGAUUAA